UCCGCCGUCAUGGCGGCGCCCUGGCCACGUGACCUCCCCCUUAGGCGUACCCCGCUUACGUCAGCGGCCUCCAGGGUUGCUCCGGCCGCUGAUCCCGCCGUCCUUUUCCCCGCGGGCCUCCCGAGGCAGCCCCGUGUUAGCCCGACCGGCUUCGAAGCCCGCGCGGGUUGCGGACCCUCCCCCGCGCCCACCUGUCAGCGCCUCGGCCGGGGCUCCCGCCGCGUGCAAGCAGCGAGGCGAGGUCGCGCUGAGGCCUGGCCAUGCCACGGACAGCCGGGCCUCACCCUGCCGCUCUCUCGCCGUCCGGAGGCCCCUGGUCCACACCUCGGUACCCUGGGUCCUGACUCAGGGCAGCUGGAUGAGAAGCUAACGGCCUGAGGGGACAGCGCUACAAGGGGAGUUUGUGCUGGGCCUGGCGUCCCAGGCUGUGGACUGGAACUGGACAUGAGGACCCGCCUACACCGUCCUAAGUCAAAGACACUCCAAAAAGGCAGUUUCUCGACUUU